GCGGGCGCGGCAAGAUGCUGUUCUGGCACACGCAGCCCGAGCACUACAACCAGCACCCGAGCGGCGGCUACCUGCGCGAUGUCUUGGCGCUGCCGAUCUUCAAGCAGGAGGAACCUCAGUUGUCUCCUGAGAAUGAAACCAAACUGCCUCCAUUUCAGUAUGUUCUUUGUACAGCUACAUCCCCUGCCGUGAAGCUGCACGAAGAAACCUUGACCUACCUCAAUCAAGGUCAGUCUUAUGAAAUCCGUCUACUUGAGAAUAGGAAAGUGGGAGAGUUUCAAGAUUUAAACACAAAAUAUGUAAAGAGCAUCAUUCGUGUAGUUUUCCACGACCGGCGCCUGCAGUACACGGAGCACCAGCAGCUGGAAGGAUGGCGAUGGAGUCGUCCAGGGGACCGCAUCCUUGACAUAGAUAUCCCCCUGUCAGUUGGCAUCUUGGAUCCCAGAGCCAGUCCAACCCAGCUGAACACUGUUGAAUUUCUGUGGGAUCCAUCAAAGAGAGCGUCAGCAUUCAUUCAGGUACAUUGUAUCAGCACAGAAUUCACGCCACGGAAACAUGGCGGGGAGAAAGGAGUGCCCUUCCGGGUACAAAUUGACACCUUUAAACAGAACGAGAAUGGCGAAUAUACAGAGCACUUGCAUUCGGCAAGCUGUCAGAUCAAAGUGUUCAAGCCUAAAGGGGCUGACAGGAAACAGAAGACUGACAGAGAGAAAAUGGAGAAGAAGACCGCACAGGAGAAGGAGAAAUAUCAGCCUUCUUAUGAAACGACCAUUCUCACGGAGUGCUCUCCAUGGCCAGACGUGCCUUAUCAAAUGAACAAUGCUCCAUCUCCGAGUUACAACAGUUCUCCAAACAGCUUCAGCCUUGGAGAUGGCAACAGUUCUCCAACCCACCAAGUGGAGUUCCUGCCUCCCAGCAAUGAUCAUCUCCUUCCCUCUGCUUCUAUUCAAGAUGCCCAGCAGUGGCUUCAUCGUAAUAGGUUCUCUCCAUUCUGUAGACUCUUCUCCAGCUUUUCGGGUGCUGACUUACUAAAGAUGUCCAAAGAAGACUUUGUUCAGAUCUGUGGCCCUGCUGAUGGAAUUCGGCUUUUUAAUGCAAUCAAAGGAAGGAAUGUAAGGCCUAAGAUGACAAUUUAUGUCUGUCAGGAACCGGAGCAGAACAGGUCUCAUCACAAACGGGAGAAUGGGGACAGUAAUCUGUGCGUGUAUCAUGCAAUCUUCUUAGAAGAGUUGACAACCCUGGAGUUAAUGGAGAAGAUUGCAAACCUGUACAGCAUUUCUACACAGCAGAUCAACCGGAUCUAUCGGCAGGGACCAACAGGGAUCCAUGUGUUAGUGAGCAAUGAGAUGGUACAAAACUUCCAAGAUGAAUCUUGUUUUGUUAUUACCACGUUGAAAGCUGAAAGCAACGAUGGCUACCACAUCAUUUUAAAAUGACCACUUGGCCUAGUGGGACUUUUCACAGCCUAAUAACGACAGUGCCUCACUGAGGAUUACUACCACCCAGACUGGAAACAUGAAGAACCUUUUGGAUAUAGUGCUCCCGUGAACUGAAACGAUACCAGAUGACCUUGAGGAAGAACUAACUUUAUAGCCCAAUAGUUUUCGUAGGCUGGAGAUGAGUGUCUCCCAGAGUCUGUACAUACUAUUUUUUCCCACUACCCUACCCUUCAGACCCUAGAGUUAUUGAGGUCUCUGUUAAUUGCACAGAAACACCUAUCAUAUUCUAAAGGGAAAUGCAAAACAAUUGUCCUGCCCCUUCAUGGUUGGGUAUGGGUAGAUUGAUCUGUUAUAGUUUCUGAUGCCAUAUGAAACCAUCUGUGACACAACCAUAACCUUGCUGGGCCAUAUCUGUCAUUCGCCGGGCUCUUCACAAGGUAGUGGUGACUACUACUGCUUUCUUUUACUAGAAGAGGUGACGGUGCUGAUGCCCCUCUUUGCAUACUAACCUAGUGCUUGGAGUACUUCUCCAGGAUGUUGGAGACCUGAGGUUUAAUUCCCUUCUUGGCCUUGGAGGUUUGUACUCCUAUCUCUCACCUCCUAGGAGGGUGCCUUAGUCACCUUGGUGCAGAGUUGGGGUACAUCCAUCUUUUUUACCCUUCUGUUGAAACUGUUUCGCGGUCCAGGAAAGUACCCAAAACUCACUGGGCUAGACAGCAUGCAUGACUGGUGAGAUAUUGGUGACUGGGAUACUUGGUGGAGGAGGAGAUGGAGUUCAGGUCCCUGUUACCAAGGUUGCUCGUCUUGCACUCAACGGACUUGGGGUUAAAUCCACUCCCCUGAGCAGGGAGAGAUGUAGGUCCUAAUAUCUCAGGCAGAGAAUGGAGUUGGACAAGGGUUGGUCACUAUGAAGUUAUUAUGCAAGAGGGAGCAUUGGCACGACUGCCAUCACCUCCUCAGCCUUUUGCAAGGAAGGGAGCAAGCACCUGCUGUCAGGGACAGACUCCAGGUUGUGGAUCCGCAGUGGACAGAGAUGACCAGCAUCAGCACUAAAGCACUGGGGAGAGGGAAUCUGGUUUUAAGACCAACUCAUGUCUUUAGCCUUUCCUGUUGGCUUGCACACGGUAGCCGGACACUGUACUGGGCUGACACUAGGUGCCAACCAGUCGGUCGCGGCUGUUUGUGAUUCAUGUUGCAUUUCUCCUCCACCUUUCCCAUCCAGAAAAAA